ACUUUGAAUUGGAAUUCGAUAAAUUUAGCCACCCGAAAAGAACUUUGCCAUUUCUAUGCUUCCUAUAGCUGCUAUUACGCACGAUAUAGCUGACGUUACUUGAGCAGCUUAAAGCUUUCGAAAACCUGUAUUACGCGAAUACUAGUUAAACAUGCGCGAGUGCAUCUCUAUCCAUGUGGGCCAAGCGGGAGUACAAAUGGGCAAUGCCUGUUGGGAGUUGUACUGCCUGGAACACGGAAUCCAACCCGAUGGCCAGAUGCCGAGCGACAAGACGAUCGGUGGCGGCGAUGACUCGUUUAACACUUUCUUCAGCGAGACCGGCGCCGGAAAGCACGUUCCGAGGGCAGUCUUCGUCGAUUUGGAGCCAACAGUGGUCGAUGAAGUUCGCACUGGUACCUAUCGCCAGCUCUUUCACCCUGAGCAACUGAUCACUGGCAAAGAGGAUGCCGCCAACAACUACGCCCGUGGACACUACACCAUUGGAAAGGAAAUCAUUGAUUUAGUUCUGGAUAGAUGUAGAAAACUGGCUGAUCAGUGUACUGGUCUUCAAGGCUUUCUAAUUUUCCAUUCCUUUGGGGGUGGUACGGGGUCUGGCUUUGCCUCACUCCUGAUGGAGCGCCUUUCAGUUGACUACGGCAAAAAAUCCAAGUUAGAGUUUGCCAUUUACCCAGCUCCUCAGAUCUCUACCGCUGUGGUCGAGCCCUACAACUCCAUCCUGACCACCCACACCACCCUAGAGCACUCUGACUGCGCCUUCAUGGUGGACAAUGAGGCCAUCUAUGACAUCUGCCGCCGCAACCUGGACAUUGACAGACCCACCUACACCAACCUGAACCGCCUGAUUGGUCAGAUUGUGUCCUCCAUCACUGCCUCUCUGCGCUUUGAUGGUGCCCUGAACGUGGAUCUGACCGAGUUUCAGACCAAUCUGGUGCCCUACCCUCGUAUUCAUUUCCCUCUGGCUACCUAUGCCCCAGUCAUCUCGGCCGAGAAGGCCUACCACGAGCAGCUGAGCGUUGCUGAGAUCACGAACGCCUGCUUCGAGCCUGCCAAUCAGAUGGUGAAGUGCGACCCACGUCACGGCAAGUACAUGGCCUGCUGUCUAUUAUAUCGUGGAGAUGUGGUCCCAAAAGACGUUAACUCCUCGAUCGCUACCAUCAAGACCAAGAGAACCAUCCAGUUCGUCGACUGGUGCCCCACAGGAUUCAAGGUUGGCAUCAACUACCAGCCACCCACUGUUGUCCCUGGCGGUGACCUGGCCAAGGUGCAGCGUGCCGUGUGCAUGUUAAGCAACACCACAGCCAUCGCCGAGGCCUGGGCUCGUCUGGAUCACAAGUUUGAUCUGAUGUACGCCAAGCGCGCGUUUGUGCAUUGGUAUGUGGGUGAGGGUAUGGAGGAAGGAGAGUUCUCCGAGGCUCGUGAGGAUCUGGCAGCCCUUGAGAAGGAUUACGAGGAGGUCGGUGUUGAUAGUGUUGAGGGAGAAGGCGAAGAGGAGGGAGAGGAAUACUGAUUUGUGAAGAUUUUUGUUCUAUAGAAGUGCGAAUGGUCGCGAUUUUUUAUCAAAGUUAUCAAGUUCAAGUUUCCGCCAAUUGUACUUUUUUAUUUUUCUCUUAGUCGUAGAGAUCUUUCAUAAAAGUAGAGGCAGAGAGCAUUCUGGUAGGGUGGUUUAAAAGGGAACUGCGGAAUGAACUAGAUCUGUAGAUUUUUAUAGUGCUGACACGAGCUGCAAUCCUUUUAAAUAUUCAAAUUUCAAUUAAAACAAUGAUACAUA